UUGUCAAAAUCGAGCAGAUUGUCAUUGUUUGUCGCUGAAGACGCGAUUGAGGGAUAGACAGCUCGUUUUAUCCUUUUUGUAGCACGUAAACAAACUAUGUAAGAUAAAUACCCUACUAUAAGUUACUAUUAAGUAGUAAAACGUAAGACAAACCCGCAAAAAUGUCUGAAAAAGAUAAAUCGAAGGCGAACGUCCAAGCAAAACACAUUCCUAAGGACGCACAAGUGAUCAUGUCGAUAAUGAAGGAGGUGGGCAUCACGGACUACGAGCCUCGAGUCGUAAACCAGCUGCUUGAGUUCACGUACCGCUACGUGACGUCUGUGUUGGACGACGCGCGAGUAUUCGCCACUCACGCCAAGAAGAAAACAAUAGAUCUCGAUGAUGUGAGACUAGCGGUGCAGAUGCAGUUAGACAAGUCGUUCACAAGCCCGCCGCCGCGGGAGGUGCUGCUCGAGAUAUCGAGAGUAAAGAACGUGAAUCCUCUGCCGAUGAUCAAGCCGCACUGUGGACUACGACUCCCGCCAGAUCGCUACUGUCUGUCAGCCUGCAACUAUCGCCUCAAACCUGCUUUCAAGAAAGCCGCUCCUAAGCCCACAAUCUCAGCAGUGCCCUCAAUCAAGACUGCCACCACAUCUAAGCCAGCCGCCACACCAAAUGUGGUGGUGAACCGGCCACCUGGCACCAUUGUCAAAGUGGCUACAUCCAAGCCAACUGUUGUUCCUAAACCUGUGCUCAAAUUCACAUCCGGUACUAAGGUGGUAGCCAAACCAGCCGUGAGGGUCACUGCCGGACCAUCAGCUCACACACCCGUCAAAAUGGAGUUAGAUGACCCAGUCAGCCAGAAAAGAAAACGCGAAGAUGAUGACUAUGAAACUUAAUUUAAGCUCAGAAUAUUUUUGUUAAAUUAGAUUUUAAUGUAUUUUCUAUUUCAAUAAGUGACAGUAUAUUA